AUGGCGGCUCAGACUAAGCACGACUGGGCGGACGACGAAGACCUCGAGGAGACGACGGCGCCGACGACGACCGACCUACCUCCACCGCAAAAGAUCCAAAACAAGGAUGGAACGUGGACAAUCAUCGAGUAUCGGUACAAUGAGCUGAACCAGAAGGUGAAGGCGACCCGGCGCGUGCGGUUCGUCGUCCGGCGCGAGGUCGUCAACCCUCGUGUCGCUGAGCGCAAAACCUGGGCCAAGUUCGGCGACUCGGCCAGCGACCCGGCGGGCCCGGCCACCGAUACCACUACCGUUGGCGAGAACAUCAUCUUUCGCCCGUCGGUCAACUGGCGCAGCGAGGCCAAGGACGAGGCCAACGACCCCAACGCCCAGGCUAUGAAGGACAAGCUACGCGACAAGAAGGUCAAGUGCCGUAUUUGCAACGGGGAACAUUUCACGGCCCGCUGUCCCUACAAGGACACGAUGGCGCCGAUCGGCGAGGCCGGUGCUGCCGAUGUAGCGGCCGGUAUGGGCGAUGAGCCGGCGGCGGCUGGGCCCGCAUCGGCGGGCACUGCUGGGCCGGGGAAGAAGGGCUCGUAUGUCCCGCCCGCGCUACGUGCCGGCGCGGGUGCGCAGGGCGAGCGCAUGGGUGGCAAGUAUGGCGAGCGCGACGACUUGGCAACGCUUCGUGUGACAAACGUCUCUGAGAUGGCCGAGGAGCAAGAGCUGCGUGAUAUGUUCGAGCGGUUCGGCCGUGUCACGCGUGUCUUCCUGGCCAAGGACCGCGACACGGGCCUGGCCAAGGGUUUUGCUUUCAUCAGCUACGCGGAUCGGGACGAUGCUGUCAAGGCGUGCAACAAAAUGGACGGUUUCGGUUUCAGGCAUCUGAUCCUAAGAGUGGAGUUUGCGAAGAAGGCGCAGUAA